CCAACCUAUUUGGGAGAACUUGUGAAUAUUAUUAGCUCUAUGAUAUCUGAAAGCUCUACUGAAACGAACAGGAUAGAUUUCAGUUUGCUUAAGAGUGUCGGGCUAAAAAUUAUGACCGCUUACCUUAUUCAGGCAGCGACGACCUUUUCUUAUAUUUCGUUUCUUUCGUUUAUGGGAGAAAGAGUAGCUGCAGAUUUAAGAAUCCUUCUUUUUCAACGGUUGCUUGUACAGGAUAUUGGUUUUUUUGAUGAGCAACGGACGGGUGAGCUCAAUGCAUGUCUUGGAGCAGACGUUCAAGAAUUCAAAAGUUGCUUGAAAAUUGUUAUAUCACAAGGAUUACGUACAUUGACGCAAGUUGGAGGUAGCAUGGUAUCGAUGUAUCUAACUUCAUCAAAAAUGGCAUUGUUAACACUUGCUCUUCUUUCCGGCUUUGUACUUUGUGGAUCAAUUUUUGGUGCCUUUUUACGCCAAAUCAGUUAUGCAGCUCAGAGACAAGGUGGUGUUGCCUCGGCUGUUGCCGAAGAGGCAUUUGAUAAUAUUCGUACCGUAAGAGCUUUUGCAAUGGAGGACGAGGAAUUAAGGUUGUUCACCAAUGAGACCACAAAAGCUAGGAAGUUAAACGAGUUUCUUGGAAUUGGUAUCGGAGUCUUUCAAGGAGCUACAAACCUCUUCUUAAACGGCGCAGUUUUAGCAGUCUUGUAUGGAGGAGCACACCUAAUAUCAAGCUCAGAAUUGGACCCUGGUGGGUUAAUGUCGUUUUUAGCUUCUGCUCAAAUGAUUCAGAGGUCGUUGGGACAACUCUCUAUUGUUUUUGGUCAUGCAAUAAAAGGGUGGUCUGCGGCAGCAAGAGUGUUCGAAUUCAUUGAGUAUCCUGGUCCUGAAAACUUGACUCAUGGCACAACAUUUCCACUUUCAUCCUUAACUGGAGCUAUUCGUUUUGAAAACGUAACAUUUGCUUAUCCAACUCGACCCAACCAGAAUGCUCUUGAAAACCUUACUCUUGAAGUUGCACCUGGCAAAGUACUGGGCAUUUGUGGUCCAAGCGGGCAAGGGAAGAGUACUUUUGCUUCGUUAUUGGUUCGCUUUUAUGAACCUUCAAAAGGAAGAAUUCUUCUGGACGGAAUUGAAUUGAAGGCAUUAAAUCCGUCUUGGUUACGCCGUUGUGUGAUUGGGUUCAUUUCACAAGAUCCAGUUCUUUUUGCAACAACUAUUAAGGAGAAUAUUCGUUACGGUAAACCUGAAGCGUCUGAUUUAGAGAUCAUAGAGGCCGCAAAGCUUGCUAAUGCACACGAGUUUAUUUCUGACUUCCGAGACGGAUAUGAUACAUUGGUAGGAGAACGCGGGGUUACUUUAAGUGGUGGUCAAAAGCAGAGAAUAGCUAUUGCUAGAGCUUUGCUGAAGAAUGCCCCAAUUCUUAUUCUAGACGAAGCGACCAGCUCAUUAGAUUACGAGAGUGAACGGCUGGUUCAAGAAGCUUUGCAAAAUGUUAUGAGGGAUCGUACUGUAAUUCUUAUCGCACAUCGAUUGAGCACAAUUAGAAACGCCGAUUAUAUAGCAGUCAUGAAAUAUGGUCAAGUAGCUGAGGUCAGUAAAUCAUAA